AUGCCGAAUCUCGCACCACCGCCACUACAACCACAAAACGGAAAUCCUAACAGCUCAGUACCACCCCUUGAUCAGUCAGCUCCUUUGGUAGCUCCAAAGGACUCUUCUACUAUGCCACUAGACAGUCCUAAACCUAGCAAUUCCACAUCCGAUGUCACUUCUCAAUCGAAUCCUAAUCUCACACGCCCCGUUCAACCAAAAAGGCAAUUUAUGAACAAGUUUGCUACAAUUCCCACCGACAAAUGUCCACAGAAUCUAUGCCGAGAUCUUCUCUUAUCCAACUUUGACCGCAACCUAACUGUAGAAAAAGCUCAUUUUGAACCACAACCUUUUACGGGCACAGCUAAUGGCGUGAUCAUGGCACCUACUCCACAACCAUCCCACUCUAAUUCAUCCCAUUCUUCCACACCAGAUCAUGACAAGGGAGGAAUAGAUCAAACUAAUCAUCCAACCGACCUACUAAAGAGUCGAUCUCGUAUUCCAAUGACCAACACAUGCCAGUCUCCACCACACCCACAACCCUUGACAGCUACAGCAAAUGGACCAAACUCAAACCAAUCUCAAUCCUCGACCCAACCUAACAUUCAGGCCACACUCUCAAUUCCAGCAUAUGGCUCCAAUCAAAUGGGUGACAACAGAAGAGGGUCAAACGCAAAGGGAGAACCUGAUCGCCUUUUGCGCUCUUCUCCAUCUCUUAAUAAGAAAAAGAAAAGAUCGAUGGCUAGUCUUGGAGGAACAGCAAGUCCAGCUGAGGUAUUCCAUCGCAAUCUCGUCGAUGCAGUCUCCAAUGUAGAAGAUUCCGACGAAAACGAACAAUACGUUUAUCCUUUUAGUGACAAUGGUUCACUUCAUCGUCCGCACUCUAUCCAGUCGAUCCCUGGAAAUACGCCUGAGCUACAAUCGGAUCGACCACGUAGAGGAGGGCGACAAAAGGGAUUUUUUGGGGACUUAUUUAGAGCAACAUCGUUAUCAAAUGAGGCCUCACGGCUAGCAGAAGAAGCAGAAGAAGCAGCAGCAGCAGAAGAAGAAGAAGGAAGCAUGACAGACCAUUAUCGGCCCAGACUGCGGAAUCAUGUUAUGGAUCAUCCACACAGACCAACAAAAAAAGAUCAAACCAAACCAGGUUUACUUGGCAGAUGGUAUGAUGGAAAGCCAACAAAUCGUCGGUCUAGAAGAGGUCACCAGAACAUACCUACCCAUGGUCCUUAUGGAGAUGGAUAUACAAGUGACGACGAGGGCAUGCCACUCCUGAGAGUCGAUCGCUAUCGGACCCGCCAAAAGAAGAAUUGCUCUCAAGUGGUGUGGAAUACAUGUCUUGGUAUUUUUGCUAUAAUUUUACUUGCUCUUGUUCUGGUGAUCUACAGGGCAAAACCACUUGAGGAUAUUGAGGUUGAAAUGGGCCGAGUACUGGCAUCUGAUAAGGAACUUAUAUUUGACCUCCAUGUCAAGGCAAGCAACUGGAACUGGUGGACAGUUAAGAUUGGCGAAGCAGACAUUAGCAUGUUUGGAUUUAGUCAAAUUGUUCCUCUUUCACUCAAUGCAACCGAGGAGGACUUACAAGUCCAGGGUGCAGAUCCUGCUGAAUACCUAGGGAGCUUUUACCACUUUGAUGAACCUCUUUCAAUUCCUUCUUCUAUGUUUACCAGACAAAGAUCUAUAACAAUUAGUCAGAUCCGGAUAAAAUCCCCAGGUGCUGAUAAGAGUGGAAACGAACGAUGGUCUCGCAUCAUUCGAUACCCCUACGGCUUGGUAGCCAGAGGUGUGUUCAAAUACCACCCAACACCUCUACCGGGCACAUAUCCACAGUCCAUUGCUAUCUGUGAUGUAGCCCAGGUAGACCCAAUGACAGGAAAUGUUUCUGAAGACCCUGAUCAGAGUUAUUGUUUGGGCGAUUAA